AUGGCGUCCCAAGACCGAGGGAGCGACAGGACCAGCCGGAGACUGACCAAAAAACGCAAAGAUGGGAAGAAGCCGAUGCGAGAUGUGUCGCUGGACAUGCCAGAGCGCUUCAAGGACGGUGACGAUGCACACGAGGACGUGACGGCGCCAAAGGGCAACCACACCAUGUCGAUGAACCAGUCCAUCUUCUCCAUGAUAGCCCGCGCUGGGCAGCAGUCAAACACCGAUCUGGGCACUAUGCAAGAGGUUGACUCGGGAGAUAGUGAUGACGAGGGCACGCGCAAUGUGCCAUAUCACAUCUUGGACGGUGCUGCUCGACUGAGCCGCCUCAGCACUGCGAACGACUUCCAGAAAACCUCUGGCCAGACUCGGGAUGGAAAGACGGAGAAAGGCAAACAUGGAAGGGCGUUGUCGGAAAACAAGCUCCUGCGAUCACUGCCCAAGUUGAAGAUAGCGAGUCGAAAGGAUGCGCGCUCUGAUGGACAGGGCGCGGACCAGAUGUCUUCAUCACAGUUCUUACCACCCCGCCCCUCGCCCGAAGGCUCCAUGCCCGCACCCGCAUCGAGCCCGCCGCCUCCUGCAGCGAAAGGCAGAGUUAGGCCUGGCGACGGAAUACAAAUGGAGAAGGGCCGUAAUGUAGCGCGCAAGACUCGACAACGAAGUCCUGCCGCGGCUGCCACAGGUGAAGCACCUGUCAGUCUCGCAAAGAGGAUACAGCACAUUUUUGAGUUUGCGCAGGAAGAAGAGGUCAUAUCUGAGUACCCUUGUUGGCUUUUACAAAGCAUUCUGCUGCAAGGUUAUAUGUAUAUUACACAGAAACAUAUAUGCUUUUAUGCAUACAUCCCCAAGAAGCACCACGACGUCAGCAAGACUGGCUACCUGUCAAAACGUGGUCGGUCUAAACAUAACAGAUACUGGUUCAUCCUGCGUGGUGAUGUCCUAGCUUACUACACUAACCCGGCGGAGCUCUACUUCCCACGCAAUCGCAUCAACCUGCAAUACGCAAUAUCGGCGGAAGUCCUAGAGCCCAAGCGAAAGGGCGACGAAGAAACCAGCUUUGUCGUUACGACUGACGAAAGAACCUACCAGUUCAAGGCCGACAGCGUAGCCAGUGCCAGAGAGUGGGUAAAGUCGAUUCAGAAGGUUAUAUUCCGCACCCACAACGAGGGCAACAGCGUGAAAAUCUCCCUACCGAUACAGAAUGUGCUUGAAAUAGAGGAGAGCUCUAUACUGGACUUUGCUGAAACAGCCAAAGUUCGUGUGAUAGAUAACGACGAAACAUUCGCGAUUGAUGAGUAUUUCUUCUCGUUUUUUACGAAGGGACAAGACGCGCUUAAUGUGUUACGAAUUAUGAUCAAUGAUAAUGAGCAUCAUCAGGCAGCACAAAAACCUGUGGAACCUCCAUCCCGUGCAUUAGGUCAGUCAGAUAGCGGCUUUAUGGCAUCUACGAAUGCUCCCAGCGAAGUGCCUCACAUCACAGAGAACGUACGUGCUACCUUGUCACCUUUAACAGCACCGCAUGUUGGAAGAUCAAGCAUGAGCGACAUUUCUGUACGCUCGAGCGUCGACGCAAAUAGGAAAAACCGGGAUGUGCGUCGCAGCAUGGACGCUGGCCGCACCCUGCGACGCUGGAGCCUUGAAGGACGACGUCUUAGUCACGAGGCCCACCGGAGUCCGAGUCCAAGUGGCCAUGACAAGACGCAUAAGGGUCGCGUUGGAGAUCGCUCACCCAAGUCUCCACGAGCAACAGACUCAGAUUCAGCGACCUUUUCACUCGACCCAGGUACGGAGUCAUCCGCUGCCAUACAGUCAAUGGACGAUAGUACCGCCUCUGCUUCGCAAAUAUUGGAUCGCUCCGACUUAUUCCGUGCGCCAGUGGUCAGUUCACCAAAUGCCUUUUCCAAUGGCGUGAAUAUGUCAGCGCAUUCACAAGAUACAACUCGUUCGUCUGCGCCUAGGCCCGCCUAUUCUAAAGGCACGCACCCCACAACAAGUCCCAGCAUCGAUCCGCUCUCACCUGGUGCACCUGACGGAGAGUACGAUACAGACGCUGGAGGAGCCACACGACUAUCUGGCUCCUCUUCAGCGCUCCAAGAUAUUGCCUCUUACCCGCUACAGAAAGCUUCUGGAUUAGCGGGCUUUCUGCGCACAAGGUCGAAGAAGAUGGGCAAUCUACUUGCUGCGGAGUCGAUGGGAUACUACGAAAAAGUGUCUGGAAUGUUAGCCGGUGGUCGCAAGCAUUACAAUACCGCAGAAGGGCUAGAAACGGAUGACCAGGUAAACGUGUAUGAAGACGACGAAGAUGCCGCCAAGGCAACCGACAACUUUCGUGAGCACUUUGCGUUCCGCGAGGAUGAAGUCCUCCAAUCCUCUUUCUUUGCAUCACUUCAGCGCGUGCUUCCCAACUAUGGUAAGAUAUACAUUAGUGGAAGAUAUUUUUGCUUCCGCAGCCUCAUGCCUACAUCCAAGACAAAGAUUAUCCUGCCAAUGAAAGAUAUAGAAAAUGUCAACAAAGAGAAGGGCUUCAGACUUGGCUACUAUGGCCUUGCUAUCGUGAUCAGAGGCCAUGAGGAGCUGUUUUUCGAAUUCGGGAAGGCAGAGUAUCGCGACGAGUGCGCCAUAACCGUGCUUCGUAUCUUGGAGAACACAAAGUACCUCGAAGACGAUCAGUCAUCUUCUUCUGGUGUCGAUAGCAAUGACGAGGCCGCCAAAGCGGAGCACGAUCUUCUUCAACAAGCAAGAGAGGACAAUAACGUGGACAAGACGAAAAAUCUAUCAGAAAUUGUACGCGCAGCGGCGGACGAUCGGAUCCCCCUCAUUUUCGACGACCCGCUGGCUUCUUUUGUCGAUUUCAAGCCCCCAGAGCCCCUCACUAUUGUCUGUUUGACAAUCGGUUCCAGAGGUGAUGUGCAGCCCUACAUUGCGCUCUGUAAGGAACUGCUGAAGGAAGGGCACAAGCCGCGCAUUGCAACGCACGCAGAAUUUGAGCCCUGGGUACGAAAACACGGUAUCGACUUCGCUCCGGUUGAUGGCAACCCGGCGGAACUUAUGAGGAUCUGCGUAGAGCACGGCAUGUUCACGUACAACUUCAUGAAAGAAGCCAACUCCAAGUUCCGUGGAUGGCUUGACGACGUUUGUAGCUCAUCGUGGCGCGCAUGCCAGGGUGCUGAUGUUCUCAUUGAGAGCCCGAGCACCAUGGCUGGUAUUCAUAUUGCAGAGGCUUUGGAGAUCCCAUAUUUCCGCGCCUUUACGAUGCCCUGGACGCGCACUCGUGCCUACCCACACGCAUUCUCGGUCUUGGAAAAGAAGAUGGGCGGUGGUUACAACAGCAUUACGUACAUCACCUUCGACACCAUCUUCUGGACAGCCAUCUCCGGCCAGAUCAACAAGUGGCGCCGACGUGAACUUGGCCUUCAGAACACAUCACAGAGCAAGAUGCAGGCAAGUUUACGUCCGUUCUUAUAUAACUUUAGCCCUCAUGUUGUACCUCCGCCACUGGAUUGGCCCGAUUGGGUCCGAGUAACAGGCUACUGGUUUUUGGACGAGGCGGAUACGUAUGAGCCGCCCGCAGAUCUGGUAGCAUUUAUGGAUAAGGCGCGCAAAGAUGGCAAGAAGUUGGUCUACGUUGGAUUUGGCUCUAUUGUUAUCGACGACCCUGCUGCUCUUACGAAGACGGUUGUCGAUUCGGUAUUGAAGGCAGACGUACGAUGUGUUCUCUCAAAGGGUUGGUCGGAUCGUCUGGAGACUAAGGAUGCCUCCAAGCCGGAAAUUCCGCUCCCAUCAGAGAUCUUCCAGAUCCAGUCUGCGCCCCAUGACUGGCUGUUCAAGCAAAUGGAUGCAGCAGUACACCAUGGAGGGUCUGGGACCACAGGUGCCAGUCUUCGCGCAGGCAUUCCCACAAUCAUCAAACCCUUCUUUGGGGACCAAUACUUCUUCGCACAACGUGUCGAGGACAUGGGUGUUGGUGUGUGGCUCAAGAAGGUCAACACCAGUGUGUUUAGUCGGGCAUUGUGGGAGGUUACCAACAGCCAACGCAUGAUCGUGAAGGCGAGGGUUCUGGGACAGAAAAUUCGCAAGGACAAUGGCACUCAAGUAGCCAUACAGACCAUUUAUCGUGAGCUCGAUCGGGCUCGAUCGCUCGUGAAGAAGCACGCCAAGCUGGACGGAGAACUGUCAGAAGAGUUUGAAGAGGACUGGACCAUGGUCGAGGAUGGCGAGGAGAUUGAUGUACCCCAUCCAUUCGAGGUUCAACAGCCUGUUGCUGGCAUUAGCCAGGAUGCGUCAAAGAUGGGUGGAGGAUCUUUGGUUUUGGGCAGCAUGGUGCUGAAGGGUGCGCAGAAGCGCAGCCCGGAGUCUGCAUAUAGAGGUUGA